CUGUCCCUACCUGAAUUUUAAUUGGCAAACAAACUAUCUCUGAACGCAUCACAUCUGUCCACCAUAGGCAGAUAUGAUAGAUGUAGGGCCGCUAGAACGGACGCCAGUGAGGGAGAUGAGUCGAAUACCGGCGCGUUGAGUCUUGAGAGCUUGAGCGUUCCUUGUUUCUCUCUACCAUGUCUGAACCUGACCGUGCUGGCCUUCUCGCCUCCGCAAAGGCCCUCUGCAAUGCGUUUGCCAACAAGGCGACCACCGACGAACUCCUCUCACACUUCUCUACCACCCACCAGAUCUUCGCCGCCGAGCAUGGCGAGCCCUUCCUAGCACCAUUCAUCGGACGCCCUUUCGUGGGUCGGGACGGGCCCAAAUCCGUUCCCGCCUAUUUCUCCUUGCUCCAAAAGUACCUCAAGUACGAGAAAAUGACCUUUGGGGAAUGGGUGGUCGACACCGAGGCGCGGAAGGUGUGCACCAAAGGAGCCGCGACGUUCACAUGGAUCGAAGGCGGUAGCGAGGGCGAGACUUGGGAAGAGGAUUUCGCCUACAUGCUCGACUUCGACCACGAAGGCAAGGUCACUGAUUAUCAAGUCUGGGCGGACUCGGGUGCUGCGUACCUUGCCCAGCGUGGCGAGUUGAAUGCGAAGAGAAAGGAGUUUGAAGCAUCGCAGAAGUAAGACGAAUGCAAGACCUAUGUUGUACGUUAGCCGGAAUGUAGGCAAGAGUGCCCAUAACAACCCUAUCUAUAUACGGGACCAUUGUGAUACAUCCCAAGUAAGCGUUCCUUGUUAU